CUCCUGUCGGUCACCCAGUGCCAUGACAUUGCACCCACCAGGACGGUGCUCCCUUAUGGUAGUGCUGGCCCUGCCCCCACUCUCUUCAUCUAGCAGCUGAUAAGCUGCAGUGCUUGGCUCCUUUUCAGCAGGCUGGACAGGAGAUUGAGGUAAACGUUGCCCCAGCCAAUCCUCUACGAGUCUACGUCACCUGAAGCCGGUGUUGGAACCUGGCUAACAACUCUUCCAUAGUGUGGCAAGAAGCAAAUAGACAGUGUUGACGUACCUUAAGGGAGCUGAACUUGCGGAGGUACUGAAAUUAUUUAAUUCUAUUUGACGGUCCAAUAGAAUGACCUCACAGACCGUAGUAUAGCUAGAGCAAAUGCCUGCGCAAAAUUCGCCACAAAGUAUUCGGGACCAAUCAAAAUCUGUUAACGCAGCGCAUUACUAAUACGUGCCUUGCGCUGCACAACAGCCUGGCACCUGGCAGAGAGGUGGAAUGGAGGGUUAACUAUUGAUCCCUCAGUUCCUUCCAAACACAUACAGACAAGGGACUAGGUGCAGUAUGUAGCAUUCAUAUGCUGCAGAAAAAGGACGCUAAUUUUAUAAAGUUAUAACCGAACGAGAAACAAUAAAACAGCAAUGGUGGACCCAUCAUAGAGCAAAUUGCUUGCCAAACUGCCUCACUAAGGGGUUAAGGCUAUUCCUGCAUAUAACAUAUGUGCGUGUUAUGAAUAAUGGAGGUAGCCAUUCUAGCACUGAUGUCCUAGUAAACACAGGAUCUCAAUAAAGUUAUGUUAAAAAAAAUAAAAAAUUUCCUGUUCAGCAUCACACACAGCCCGUGUCUCCGCUGCACCUGACCCGGAAGUGACGUGUCUGAGCCGAGCUGCUGAUCAUGUGAAUGGGAUUUCAGGUAGCAGAGCGAUUUAUUGGUGUAUUUUAUAAGCAGGUAUUAGAGGCAGUAAUGGGGAAUGAGCUCGCUACGGGCGAUAUCUGGGGACUGGAGCUGAUAUGAUGGUGUGACUGGCAGCUGGAACUUGUUACCACUGAACCAUAUGCAGUAUGUGUGACAUGGCCAUUAUUAUAGGAGGGAACAUUGAUGGGAAAUGCGUUUAUUUGUUUCAAGUGCUUAGCUUGUAUGGUAUAUGGGGUGUAUGGUGAUUUAUGUCUCGUUAUUCCUGUAAAUUAACCUGGCAUUCCUAGCAUGGAUAGUGUAUUGCUAAAAGUAAAACCAAACAUUACACUGAAAAGGCAGAAUUCAAACCUGGAUAUAUAUUUGAUUUACAAAGAGGAUAAGCCCCUUCCUGGUCCCAAUACAAGAAAUUCAGGUUUGAAUACUGUAUUUAAACUGUAAUUUUUAGUGUGUAUGUGAUAUAUAUAUUUCCUUGUAAAUAUAAAAUGGGAUAAGACAAAUAUAUAAAUAAACAGGAAAAAUGAUCCCAAUACUAAAAAGUCUUUAAUAGAACCUGUAAUAGUACUGGAGUCUGGAAAAAGUCCAAAGGGUAGCUGGAUGAUCUUAUGUUAACGGUGUCUCAGUUCGAUGGUGGAUAUAUGGACAUGUAAGGAAAACAAAAAGACUCCAAUAGUGCAGAUUGUAAUUCAGCAAAUAGGUAGAUAGGCAAAUCUCAUAGCAGAUGGUCCACUCACCUAUUUCUGAGCAUAAACUUGCUCAAGUGGUAGUGGCAUUCAGUGGCGUUGAUCCUCCACUGGUAGGAUAUAGGUGACGAAAAUAUGAGAAACUCCUCGGUAUGUGGAGAGAUGAAGAAACAGUAUAGUGCUCACUGAAUGAGUGAAAAGGGUAAAAUAAUAAGAGCAGUAAAAUACUCACAUGUAUAUGAGCAGGAUAUACUGCUCACUUUGGUAGCGUAGGUGGUAUUAUCCCCACCUGGGAUUCUUGAGCAUAUGCGUGUUCCAAUAUAGCAGGUACCAGGUUUCAAAAUAAAAAAUAUUAUAUAAUAAAAAGAUAUAUAAAAGCUAAUAAAAAGGCCAAUAUAACUUUAUUAAUAAUAACAGAGUGAAUAAAAUAUAAAUACAGCCAAAACGCGUUUCGCCUCACGGGGCUUUUUCAAUUGGCAAUAAGGAAAGAAACAGACUGGUACAUGAAUGCUUUUAUAAACUAUCUGAACAUAUGCAGAUUCAAAAUUUGGCGCCAGAAUGACGUCAUCAUUAAAACAUAAAAAUGCAGAGAAAAAGACAAAUGUUGAGAAGAUUCUUAAUAAAAUAACACAAAAGUUAUUGUAAUUUAAUGUUGUAGUUGAAACUUAAAAACGAGCGUUGGUUAAAAUAAACAAAUAAAAUAUUUGGAAACAUUAAAAUCACGUGAUCGCGCCGUCGCGCGGUCACGUGGUGCGGCUGAAAAGGCUUGUGGGAACUGUAUGCUGGGCGAUUGUGAAGAUCGGCACCAGCAGGGUGGAGCAGGAGAUACUGACAGAGACACGUGAUCGCGAGCUGCCGCGGUCACGUGGUUUGGGGGAAAGGAACUAAAAGAAAUGAUGCUAUAAGCCGGUAACACAGUGGGCGGGUAGGGAAUAACAAACACGUGAUCGCGAACAGCCGCGAUCACGUGGGAUGUAACAAUAGGGUAAUAAAAAUAUAAUUUAAAUAAGAAACCUGCGUGAGGCAUGGACCAAAUAUUGGAAUAUAAAGUAAACAGAGAUGGUCAUAUAAUAUUGUAUAUAUGCUUAAUAAAUAAAAAAUGUGAAAAUGUGUGACAAAAUGAUAAGCAUAUACACAGGAUUAGACCUACUUAGGGGUGGGCAUAUUAAGAGUAAUGGUAAAAAAAAAAAACAACCUUCCUAUUGUUAAGAAAAUGUAAUGUAAUUAUAAAUAAUGAUUAUAUUAUAAAAAAUUAAAAAGAUCAAAAUCUGCAUUUAGCCCAUUGGGACAGAGAGUUUUUAAUUUAAAAACCCAAUUCAUAUCUCUUUUCCCUAAUAUUUUUUUCAUAUCCCCACCUCUCCAGGGCAUGGUAACUUGUUCUAUUCCAAUAGCUUUUAAAAGUCUUGGGUCUUUAUUAUGCAUUAAAAAGUGUUUGGAAACUGAAUGGUUAUCAUAGCCUUUUUUAAUAUUGCGACAAUGUUCAGCUAGGCGAGUUUUUAAACAUCUUGUCGUCAUGCCUAUAUACUGAAGUCCGCAAGGGCAUUCUAGUAGGUAUAUAACAUUUUUGGUGUUACAGCCAAUAAAAUCUUUGAUAGGAUAUGAUACCUCUGUGAUGGUGGAUAAAAAGUCUGUAGUUUUAGUGUUAGUGGCUGGAUUUGUAGAUUUACAUACAACACAUUUAUUACAUUUAAAAAAGCCUUUUGGUUUAGACAUAAUAUUAAAAAAGGCUAUGAUAACCAUUCAGUUUCCAAACACUUUUUAAUGCAUAAUAAAGACCCAAGACUUUUAAAAGCUAUUGGAAUAGAACAAGUUACCAUGCCCUGGAGAGGUGGGAUAUGAAAAAAAUAUUAGGGAAAAGAGAGAUGAAUUUGGUUUUUCAAUUAAAAACUCUCUGUCCCAAUGGGCUAAAUGCAGAUUUUGAUCUUUUAAAUUUUUUAUAAUAUAAUCAUUAUUUAUAAUUACAUUACAUUUUCUUAACAAUAGGAAGGUUGUUUUUUUUUUUUUUGUUUUUGUUUUUUUUUACCAUUACUCUUAAUAUGCCCACCCCUAAGUAGGUCUAAUCCUGUCUUAUUAUAUGCUUAUCAUUUUGUCACACAUUUUUUAUUUAUUAAGCAUAUAUACAAUAUUAUAUGACCAUCUCUGUUUACUUUAUAUUCCAGUAUUUGGUCCAUGCCUCACGCAGGUUUCUUAUUUAAAUUAUAUUUUUAUUACCCUUUUGUUACAUCCCACGUGAUCGCGGCUGUUCGCGAUCACGUGUUUGUUAUUCCCUAUCCGCCCACUGUGUUGCCGGCUUAUAGCAUCAUUUCUUUAAGUUCCUUUCCCCCAAACCACGUGACCGCGGCAGCUCGCGAUCACGUGUCUCUGUCAGUAUCUCCUGCUCCACCCUGCUGGUGCCGAUCUUCACAAUCGCCCAGCAUACAGUUCCCACAAGCCUUUUCAGCCGCACCACGUGACCGCGUGACGGCGCGAUCAUGUGAUUUUAAUGUUUCCAAAUAUUUUAUUUGUUUAUUUUAACCAACGCUCGUUUUUAAGUUUCAACUACAACAUUAAAUUACAAUAACUUUUGUGUUAUUUUAUUAAGAAUCUUCUCAACAUUUGUCUUUUUCUCUGCAUUUUUAUGUUUUAAUGAUGACGUCAUUCUGGCGCCAAAUUUUGAAUCUGCAUAUGUUCAGAUAGUUUAUAAAAGCAUUCAUGUACCAGUCUGUUUCUUUCCUUAUUGCCAAUUGAAAAAGCCCUGUGAGGCGAAACGCGUUUUGGCUGUAUUUAUAUUUUAUUCACUCUGUUAUUAUUAAUAAAGUUAUAUUGGCCUUUUUAUUAGCUUUUAUAUAUCUUUUUAUUAGCUUUUAUAUAUCUUUUUAUUAUAUAAUAUCAUUUUUUAUUUUGAAACCUGGUACCUGCUAUAUUGGAACACGCAUAUGCUCAAGAAUCCCAGGUGGGGAUAAUACCACCUACGCUACCAAAGUGAGCAUUAUAUCCUGCUCAUAUACAUGUGAGUAUUUUACUGCUCUUAUUAUUUUACCCUUUUCACUCAUUCAGUGAGCACUAUACUGUUUCUUCAUCUCUCCACAUACCGAGGAGUUUCUCAUAUUUUCGUCACCUAUAUCCUACCAGUGGAGGAUCAACGCCACUGAAUGCCACUACCACUUGAGCAAGUUUAUGCUCAGAAAUAGGUGAGUGGACCAUCUGCUAUGAGAUUUGCCUAUCUACCUAUUUUCUGAAUUACAAUCUGCACUAUUGGAGUCUUUUUGUUUUCCUUACAUGUCCAUAUAUCCACCAUCGAACUGAGACACCGUUAACAUAAGAAGAUCCAGCUACCCUUUGGACUUUUUCCAGACUCCAGUACUAUUACAGGUUCUAUUAAAGACUUUUUAGUAUUGGGAUCAUUUUUCCUGUUUAUUUAUAUAUUUGUCUUAUUCCAUUUUAUAUUUACUUCUAUAUCCACUACCAUAUAGCGCCACCUAUAUAUUUUCUUUUGUUUGUCCUUUCAUGUGAGGAAUAGAGAGGGAACCUCAUUUUUAUAGGUUGCUGCUUCCCUAUUUGUUCUUUAGCCUCUACUGACUUCUUAGUGCUGUCCCAUUACCCUGUUUUUUUUAUAUAUUUCCUUGUCUAGCAUGAAUUUUAAUUUCUUAAAUGAACCUAUAGUAUCAAAAUAAAAAGUUAUUUUCAGAACUAUCAGUUCCCUUCUGUCCACCCCUAUGCUCAGUAAAACAAAGAUAAAUAACAAUGACUCAUCUCAGUGGGUCCAUGCUGACAUUACCCGCAAAUCUCCUCCAAUCCAUUGCAUCUCGUAAUGAAGCAUUGGAUUGCGCAUCUCCAUCUCCACAUGCCACACUCCAAUCAAGUAGUGCUAUCAGCAAUGUUUCGAGUCCCACACCGAUUUUACUCAGUCUCGUUAAGGAAGUGCCUUUAGUUGUUUUCAGGAAAAUACAUUUUGUUAUAUGGAAUUAUUGAAUAAAGCCUCACUCACCCUAAUUUAUACUCUAGGAUUACCAGCCUGUAGAGAAAUACAUUUCUUUGCCAGAAGCCACUAUUUACUGCUAACAUUCCUGUAAAUUUGGUGAAAAUAUAAGCCUACCCCCUCUUUCAAACAACACAGGAAGUUUCAAUGGGUUAUAGAAUUCCUGCAGUCGAUGAAAAUGGAGGAAUGAAUGGGCCUACUCUUUCACUGUCCGUAUUACAUUGGCAUUCUAGAUUAUUUACUGUAUGUAGGAAUUAUGCCCAAAUGAAGACAUUAUGUUGCCAAUUUUAGUAAGCUGUACUGCUAGUAAUGCCUUUAAGUUCCUUUGCAAAUACUGAUUAGCAAGAUGUUUGACCAUUUUUAUUGACCUAUAUUUUCACCUUUAUUGUAUAUGAGAAAAAUCGCAGUUUUGCUUUAAAUUAACAUUUUGCAAAUAUUUGUGAAUUAUUGCUAAACAAAGGACUCUGUAUGCUGUCUAAAGCUUUUCAUUUCACAAAUUUUUUAUAAAGGAUGAAUGAAUAAGUGAAAAAAUAUUGUGCAAAUUUAAGUUUGCCUGCAAGCUAUACACAAAAUAAAUUGCUUUGUUAUACAUUUUAUAUGGUAGCUAUGCAAUACUUGCUCCAUGAUUUAAAAAUACAUUUUAAAAAAGUGCUCUCUAGUGAAGGGGAAUAAUAAGCAUUGUAUUUUUAUGGAUUAAGCCUCCCUCUCCAUCACUACCCUUCACUGGUGGGAUUGGGAGGGACAUGCCGGGAGUGCACCAGAGGAGAACUUAAGUGGCACAGAGGCUGGUGGUGUGUGCCAUCGGCCGUCUUUCUUUAGCCCAAUAUGCAUAGACUUAACAUAUUUUACCAGCAGGGACUGUUUCUAUGUUGGUAAUAGAGAAACACCUGGUAUCAUUUGAUACCUGACAAUCCUAACUAUCAGCAAAGGCCAUUUUUAGUGGCACCAGGCAGACAGGUGAGCUGCAUGCAGUAACUAAAAUAAGGAUUUAAAUCCCUAUAGACAGCAAUGCAGUGUGACCAGGGUUAAAUCCCUGCUCAUACCAGGAAGACCGAGGUGUCAAUCAAUACAACGUAUUAAUUGAUACCUGGGUAUCCUCUCUGUCAGGAAGGGCCACAGUUAUUGCCUCCAGACUGACAGAUGAGCUGUAGGCAGUGCCACUACAUGCAGUCUUUUAAAUGCAUUGAGAACACCGCAGCUGAGUGAUCAAACUCUGCUAUGGUGAUUCUCUUUGAGCAACUUGUUUGUGAGAAAUCCCCAUUUAAUUUGGAGCAGGUCAUAACUUCCUUUUUUUUUUUUUUUUUUUCGUACGACAGGGAUUCUAUCAUGCUGAAAACUGCCUCUGUUUUAGCUUAGAAUUCCCUUUGCUAAUAUCAGUACUGAUAUUAGCAGAGGGGAAACCCUUGGGUUUUCGAUUAUAUUUAUGUUUAGAAUUGGAUUUAUAACUAUGUUUUGGAUUAGGGCAAUCAUUGGGACCAUUAAUCCAUCUUCUGAAAUCGGCAAGGAAAUAUCUCUGCAGAGGGAAUCUUUCUGACAAUAUUACUAGGAUUAGUGUGAAGUUUAUGAUUAGGUUUAGAUUUAACGGGACACUAUAUGCACCCAGACCACCUCAAUUCCUCUAGUUGCUCAGACAGUGUUGCUUCCAAUGAAAGCUCCGUUUUUAUCAGACGGUCUCAGAGAUGCAAUUAACCUGUGAUUAUGUCAUGGAGAUUCAUUGCAUGCAAUAAUUUUCUAUGGUAAAAGGUGACAACACUGCACAUACGCUCAGAUGUCAUGGAAUGCUAGGGUAUGAAAGUUGGGAAGUAACAAUCCCAUGUCUCUUACCCAGAGGACUUGGAGGUGUGGCUUGAAACUGCGCUUUCAUGCCUUCUAUUAAGAUAAAGUCACUUGAGGCCAUUAACCCCUUAAGGACAGAGCUUCACUUAAUGACAACAGCAUUUUUUACAUUUUUUUUGCUGUUUGUGUUCAACUGCAAUUUGCAUUUUACUAAUUUAUUGCACUGACACAUAUAUCGUUUUUUUUUUUUUUUCUCAUUUAUCUUUUUAUUGGUGCAAGCAAAAUUUCAGACUUUGUGCAUCGCAGUGCACUCUGGCAUACAAACCCAACACAGUCGCAGCUGUGGAUUCCGUUUCCCCACAUGUUAUAGACCAACAUCUUCUGUAUAUAUGUUUGAAGCCAAUGUUGCUUCCCAGGUAGGUACACUCGCUUUGGAUCUCUCUGCUCGAGGGCACUGUGUUAUGUGAUGUGCCUAGUGUCCUUUUGUGUUGGGUCGGUGCGGGUGGAAUUACUGCCUGUAAUGCACGUCUGACAAGCUAUUCCUGUUUCAUUUAUUUUUUAUAACAAGAACUUGGAUUGGGGGAAGAUACAGAAAGGAAGAAGGGGAGGGGGGGGUUCCCUAGACAACACUUUAUACAUAUGGUGGUUAAAUCCUGUACAACCAUUUGUAAACUUGUCACUGCUCCCAACUGAUCCUUGCUCCAUGUCAGUGUAGGUGUCGCCGUACUGCGGCUCCUGUUCUACUACCUAAAUUCCCGCUGGCCAGCAACUCCAUUCCCUGUCGUAUCUCACACUGCUACCGUUUACUCUAUUGGCCAUUUUUUCAUAUGCGCUAAUCGUAUCCAUUUUUUGUGUUAUAGCCUCUACUGCUGGGAUUUUGUUUCUCUUCCAGUUGCCGGCCAGCACAAUUUUUGCUACCGUUAGAAUGUUUAACGCUACUUUCCUAUGAGGGUGAGUGGCCACACUGGGUGCUAUGUGAAGUAUGUAGUGUUCCGGCUUCUUGGGAAGAGUGAUACCCGUCCUGCCUAGUAGGAGCAAAUGGACCUUCUCCCAGUAAUCAGUCAGUAGAGGGCACAUCCAGAAAAUAUGGAACAUGGUUCCCUCUUCUAUGUUGCAUCUCCAACACUUCCCGGACGUGCCCGGGUACAUGCGUGCCAGUCUGUGUGGCACCAAGUACCACCUCAUUAGCACCUUGCAAUACGCUUCCCAGAGUGUGAGGCUUUGCGAUGCUUUUUUCGUGGUUUCCAGAGCCGUUAGCCACUCUGUCUUGGGGAUUUGGAGUCCCAAGUCCUCCUCCCACAGAUUCAUGUAUGUAGGUUUAUCGGGGGCCGCCGAAGUGAUUAGUGCAUUGUAGCAUGCUGAAAGCGGUUUGAUUUGCUUGUGGAAGAGUGCCUGUUUAAGCGUUAUGUGGGGUUUGGAGGAGUGGAUGGUGCAGAGUUGGAUAUGCGAGUGCACUAUAUUUUUUAUUCGAAGGUAUUGAAAGAUAUCCCUCGCUGGUAGCUGUAAUUUCCUUUGCAGGAUGGGGAAUUGAUUAAUUUUGUCUCCUUCUAGUAUGUCUUGGACCCGGGAUUUGCCCCUCCCUUUCCAUCGGCCCAUCGACAUGUCUGGGGAUAGUAUUUCUAGUGUUUCCAAGGGUGCUGCUAAAAAGAGCUCUUUGGGGUUCACUAUGCAAGAGCUCCAGUUAUUCCAUGCCCUUAAAAGAAACCGUGAACUCUGCAGUUGUUUCCCCCCCCACAAACUGGGGGUGUCCCCCUGCCCAUAAGUUCCGUGACAGGUCGCGGGUGGCCAGGCAGGCGCUUUCCAUUUCUAGCCAGAUGGGUUUACGGGUGGUGGUCACGGAGCGUAAGAGCCUGAGUCCCUGCGCUAAAACGGUUGCCUUAUAGUAAGCCUUGAUAUCAGGCAUGCCCAGCCCCCCACUGGUGCCUGGGAGCCCCAGCACUCCCCUUGCCACUCUCGGGGGCUUCCGUUUCCAUACAUGUGCGUUUAUUGUGCUUUGGAAGAGUUUUAAAAGUUUGGUGGGGAGGGCGAUGGGCAAGGUUCUAAACAGGUACAGUAUGUGCGGCAGCGCCAUCAUUUUGAUAAGGUUGAUGCGGCCUAACCAGGACACCUCGAGUCCUUCCCAUUUCUCUAGUGUGGUUCUUAGUUUUUGUAUGACCGGAUAAUGGUUUUCCCGUAUGGUGGUCUGAGUGGACUUUGUGAGAUUGAUCCCCAAGUAUUUUAGAGAGGUUUUGCGCCAGUCAAAGGUGUGUUGUGCUUGUAGCGUCGUGACGAUAGUGCUCGGUAAAUUUAUAGGCAAUGCUUGUGUCUUCGUUGUGUUGUUCCUAUAGUAAAAUACCCAUCCAUAUGUGUCGAGCCUGUGUAUGAGUUGUGGUAGUGAGGAUUCUGGGCGCGUUAGAAAUACUAAAACGUCGUCCGAGAAAAGUGCCAGUUUUUUGUUGCCACCUGGAGUGUGGAGUCCUUGUACUACUGGGUCGCGAUUUAUUAGCCGAAUUAGAGGUUCUAGGCUUAGUAUAAAAAUGAGGGGCGAGAGGGGGCAUCCCUGUCGGGGACCAUUCCUUAUCUCUAUUUGAUCAGAUAUAAAACCCAUGCUAAACACUCUGGCCGUUGGAUUUCGGUAUAGUGCAAGAAUGCUCGACAGGACUUUCGAGGAGAAUCCCAUUCUAAGUAGCGUCUGUGUCAUAUAUUCCCAGUGUAGGCGAUCAAAGGCCUUUUCGGCGUCUAGUGCCAAGAUCAGGCCGGUCUGGGACGAUAAAUUUGCCCAGUCUAUUAGAUUCAAGAAGUGCCUGGUGUUGUCCCACACUUGUCUCCCUGGAACGAACUCUGCCUGUUCUUCGGAGAUGAGAUCUGGGAGUAUUUUUUUGAGUCUCAUUGCUAUCAGUUUAGCGUAGAGUUUUGUGUCUGCGUUUAGCAGGGAAAUCGGGCGUAAAUUAGCACAGAUAGUGGGGGGUUUGUUUGGUUUGGGCAGUGUCACAAUGAAAGCUUCUAACAUUUCUUUGGGCAUCUCUCCUGAUUCUUUUAUUGCAUUAUAGAGUGUGGUGAGAGGGGCGAUCAAAUACGGUGACAAUUUUAUAUAGUAAUAAUUUGAUAAGCCGUCCGGGCCAGGGGCUUUGUGCUUAGGUAGGGACUUGAUGGCCUCUUCAAUUUCCUGCUCUGAGAAGGGUUCUUCCAGAGAGGAGCAUUGCUCUUGGGAUAGGCACGGUAAAUCUACCUGUUCUAGAAAUCGUGCGAUUCCCAUUUUAGUCGGUUGGUGAGUGCCGUGAUCCCUGUCUAACUGGUAAAGGGAAGCGUAAUACCGCGCUAACUCGUUGACUAUGUCCUGGGGGUUAUAUAGUUUUACUCCUCGAUCUGAGGUGAUAUAGGGUAUUUUCGACUGCAAUUUUGUUUGGCGAACUUGUUGGGCUAGAAGUCUUCCCGCCUUGUUGCCCAUGGUAUAAUAUGUUUGUUUGAGGAACCGCAUCCUUUUUUCAGUUUCCAUUAAGUGGAGAGAGCUUAGUUUUGAUCUGAGCUUUGUCAAUGUGUCGUGCGUGCGUUUAGUGGGUUUGCGUUUGUGUGCCUCUUCGUGUGUGAUUAUUUCUUGUUCAAGGCGUGUUCUUUCAGCAUUGUGCUGCUUCUUUACUCUCGCCCCCAUCUGGAUAAAACUCCCCCUUUAUGACUGCCUUAUGGGCUAACCAUUUAGUGAUAAUUGUUGUCUGGCAAGUCGCAUGAGUCUCAAAGUAUUCCUGUGUUUUGACCUGUAUUUGAAGGAGAUUCCCUGGUGUGUCCAGAAGGCUUUCGUUGAGGCGCCAGGUGCCUCGUCCCCUAGCUGGGUAAGGAAUUUUUAUAGUUAUGAUUUGUGGAGCGUGGUCGGACCACGUGAUUGGACUUAUUUGUACUCUCAGUGCAAAUGGUAGUGUUCUUGUGUCUAGGAGGCAUAAGUCUAUUCUAGUGUAGGUCAUAUGGACGGGCGAGUAAAACGUGAAGUCCUUCUCACGUGGAUACAGAUUCCUCCACGUGUCAUAGUAAUCAUGCUCAUGCAUAAGGGUACUGAGGUGCUGGCCUAAAGCCAAAGAGGCUGGCUUUGGUGGUUCAUUAUUCACUCUGCUGAUAUCUAGGGAUGGGUCGGGGGAGCAGCUAAAGUCUCCACAUAUGAUGGUGUGUCCUUGUUUGUAUUGUGCAAUUGUGCGGAACGCCCUGUUUAGGAAGUGUUUCUGCGCUUCAUUCGGGGCAUAUAGUGAGGCUAUCGUUAUUUGUAGUCCGUUCAGGGAACCCACCAGAACCAGCAGCCUCCCAUCCCGUCUAGCAUAUUGUUUGGAGAGUGAAAAUACCCAGUCCCUAUGGAAGUACACGGUUACCCCCCUGGAUUUAGUCGGUGAUAGGGCGUGAUAGCUUUGGGCGUAUUGUUUGACGCUAAAUCUAGGGGUAUUGCGGAUGCAGAAGUGAGUCUCCUGCAGGCACACUAUUGCUGCUUUAGAUUUACCCAUUUCCAAUGCUGCCAUUCUGCGUUUUAUGGGGGCUGUUGAGGCCUUUCACAUUUAAUGUUAGGAUUUUCAGUUCGUCAGCCAUACAUUCUUUUGUUAGGCUGCUUGUGCAGUUCAUGCGUGUACGGGUAAGGAUGUAUAGCAAAUGGUGUUGGUGUUGUCUAGGGGGGGAAGGAUCGGGGUAAAACGAGGAUAACAAAACCACGGGUCUGUAACAAACUCAAGUAUAUACAUAGCGCCAUUAGUUUUGUCAGCGCUCUUCCUGGUUUAGGCGCAAGUCGGGUGUUUUGUCCCGUCUCUGCGCGCAAACCUAGGGGAUGGUCUGGUUGUGAGAGCAUGCCACCUACGACCUCCAUCGGGGUUGGUUUUCCGCCCUGUCCCUUGGAUUUAAUUACCCCUGCCCAGAUGUGUAGUUACCAGGCUACGGGGCCCUGUAAUUGGGCAGACAUCUAUAUUUGACUAGUAUCCAUCUUUUUGAGAUUGCUAAAAUAAAACAUUUCUGGGAGUUAUGAUCACCUUCACCCUUUGUACCCCUGCCCUUGGUCAGCCUAUCCUUUAGGGCUCAUGUGUAUACCUCUCCGUUAGCGGAAGUAUUAUGUUAAGUUUGUGGUGUCAUGUCCCCAUACAUGUGUGCACAUUAAAAUAUACUCACAACCUUUUCAAAAAGUUUGCACGUGGCAAGCAAGACAGUCAUUGUUUAUCUUACAACAGUCCUUGUUGAGACGGACCUGUAAGUCGUCAGAUUUGGGAGGGCGAACCCGCCAUCUGCCAUUCUCUUUGCGGGCGUUUCGGUGACUCCACUAUCGCUCCGUCCGGAGACCUCACUGGAAAUAGCCCCCAUUCCUUCAGUAAUCGCAUGCCCACCUCCGGUUCGUUCGCAGUAUAUGUCCUUCUAGAUGGUGUACGUGUGUGUAUAUAUACUUAGAUCAUAUAUAUAUUUUUUUUUUGCACUAAUACAUUUUAUUUUAAUUUUAUUUUCAGCCAGCAGGGGGACCACCUGUCAUUACAGGCAGCCCCCCUGCUGGCAAUGCAGGAGGCAGCCUACCCGGCCAUGUGAUUGUCACAUGGCCGGGGGGCACCCGAGGAAGAGGAUCUACCGUAGGGGGGCUCCCUAGGAGUCCCCUCCCACCACGAUCGCCGGCGUGGGACCGCCGGCGACCGGGUAAGUAGGCAAAAACCGGAGGGCGUACAAUUACACGUGUUUAGAGCCGCCUAUAAUAGGGCGUAAUUGUACGUCCUCCGGUCAGAAGGGUCUUUGGCACUAUUUCGUGAGGUUACAGUGCCAUAUAGGAGGCCUGUUCUUUUCAGUAUUCACAGUAAAAUUUUGAGAUGGAUUUAAUGAGCCUAUGCUUCCAUUUGGGGUAAUUAAACCAGUUUGACUGUUCAAAAAAGCCCACAAAGGCCUACCAUUUUGUAAAAGUAGACACUCCAGGAUAUCUCAUAAGGUGCAUAUUGUGCCUUAACAUCCCCCCAUUUUUCACCAAUAUAUGCUAAAGUAUGUGAUAAAAAAUAAUUCCAGUUUUUUUUCAAACUUUACAUUUUUACAUUGUGCCCAUGUCCCAUUAUAGAGUAUUUUACCAGGCUAUAUAAUCUAAAUACUCCAUAAAGCCAUACCAUUUCUUAAAGAAGACAUCCCAGGGUAUUUAACAAGGCAUAUUCUGAACCUUCGCGUGGGAUAAUUUUUCUGCUAGUUUGUACCAAGUGUAGUGGUAAUAAGUGUUUUUUUUCUGCCUUUUUGACCCACAAAGUGAAUUUGCACAGUAUAUUUUGCAAACCUUAUGUGUGCUACGACUGUAUAAUACUUCAUAUGUUGCUCAGCUAUGUCAUCUGAGUACAGCAAUACCACCAUAUGUACCUUUGCCAGGUAUAUGUGGAUGUUGAAGGGGCGCAUUUGAGACGCAGCCAUUCAAGUUUUUUUCUAACUCUGAAGUUUUACGCUGUGUCCAUGUUCCAAUUUGGAGUAGUUUAGACGGUUGGUUAUUGAACCUUCCCCACAAACACAUACUAUUUAUUAAAGAAUACACCCUGGGGUAAUUCAAAAGGCAUAUUUUGAACCUUAGCGUGGGAUCAUUUUUUUCUCUAGUUUGUUCCAGGUGUAGUGGUAAUGAGCGUUUUUAAAUGUGUUUUUUUACUUUUUGAAACUUUUUUUACUUUUAAAAACUAGUUUUUAAACUUUUUUUGUUUUGCUUAUUAAUUUUUUUUAAACUUUCUUAAAACUUUUUUUACAGAUUUAACAUUUUUCUAAGCUUUUUUUUUUUUUUACCGUUAACCCCUAACUAGCAGUAAGCAGCACUAACAGUAAAUUCGCCAUUUUACCAUAACUCUCACCCACCCCAGCUAGCAAAAUAUAUAAUUAUAAAAUAUUUAAAUUAAUUAAAUAAAUUGAACCCCUGAUGGUUAAAAAAUAAAUAAAAGUUAAUCCUCAGGGGUUAAAAAAAAUUAAAUCACAGUAUAAUACUGUGAUCUGUAUUUUGAUCACUGUAGGCAGUGAUCGACUGGCAGGGAAGGAAUUAAUUUUUAUUUGGACUGGGUAAAGGGGGGUGUUUUUGUUUUUAUUCCAAUUUUUUUUUUUUUAGCUUAAUUUCUAACUUUUUUUUUAAAGUUUAUUUAAAAAAAUUUUUUAACGUUAACCCCUAGUUAGCCUAACACCAAAUCCCCCAAUUCCCUACUAACUUCCACCCACCCCAGCUAGCUAAAUAUAUAAUUUUAAAAUGUUUAAAUUAAGUAAAUUUAACCCCUGAGGGUUAAAACAAAUUAACCCUCAGAGGUUAAAAAAAAAUCUGAUGACAGUAAAAUGUAACCCCUGCCAAUUGAUCACUGUAGUCAGUGAUCAAUUGGCAGGGAAGGGGUUAAUUUUUUAUUAAAAUGAGUAAAGGGGGGUGGGAUUUUAAAUAAACUUUAUUUAUUUUUUAACAGGGGGCAGGAUCAGCACUGUUCCGGCUCACUGCACUUCACACAGAACCAGGAAGUGCAGGGAGGCGGAAGGUAAGUAUACCAUGCUGUCAGAGCGAGCACAUGUGCUGGGGCAGCACUAUCAGGUGCUCCCGGUCUGCUUCUAAUACAGAGGCAGACCGAAGCACCAUUAACCCAGCGAUCGCCGUAAUAGCAGCGAUCCGGGGUUAAGUUUUAACGGGUGACGGACAAGGUCCGUCACUCUCGUCGUUAUUCGUCGUUAAGGGGUUAAAGAGGAAUGAAAAUACUGUAGGCAUAAUAACGUCAUUAUGAUGUUGUUAUAGUGAGUACCGUGUUCCCUCAAGUUUUCAAGACAAACAUACAAAAUUCUAAAAUCGUUCCACAUUGAAAUUUUAUUUCACUCCAUGUAUUUUUACCAAAAGAAAAAAAGAGGGUUGCAUUCAGUCAUGAUAAUUUACAGGGUGCUAACUGAGCAUGGGUCAGCAUACCCUAUCAAUCAAAUAUCAAAAGAAAAAAUCUCAAGCACCCACUGUGAUAUCUUCAAGCAGAUUUAAUGGAUCUGUAACUAUUUAAAAUAAACUGAAAUCCUAGACAACUGAUGUACUCUAUAUGUUAUAUUUAUUUUUAUAUUUAUUUUUGGUGUUUUAUAAUGAGGAUUUCUGUGUAUAUGUCACGUCAAAUCCCUUUUUGUCCUUUAAAAACAGGGUAUAAAAUGUGUUGGUGCAAUAAAUGAACAUACACACAGCAAAGAUGCCUAAAUUGCUUGUGUCAUUAAGUGAAAUCUGUGUCCUUAAGUGGUUAAAGGCUUUUAUAUUUUUAUAUUUAACCUUGCAACGCAAACAGAAAAUUUGGAGGGAAUAAACAGGUAGUGAUAUCUUUAUUAUGUUUCUCUGGAUGUCCUCUCCUAAUGCAGGUUGCAUUGUAGUUCAGCUCAUUCAGUACUGUUAGUGACUGAUACAACAAUAUAACUUGAUCGCAUGUGGAAAAUCAGCUUUGUAAUAUUACUUUUUAUAUUACAUUUUAUUAUAUUAUUAUUUUAUUGGAAGUAAAUACUUUUUUAACAACUACAAUACUUUGGUCUACCAUCCAUCUUUCCUGCAUCUGGAGCCAGAUACCAGUAUCCAUAGGAGGAUCGUGGGGCCAUUCUGUAAAGAUUGGGAAAGCUGAUUUUCCACAUGCGAUCAAGUUAGAGCCUGCUUUCUAGGCUCUAUCUAUUGUGAGUGACCCAAUACCUUUGUUUCCAUCUUUCCUGUAUUUUACAAUAUUACACUAUGUAUGGACUUUUAUAUUUUUCAGAUUAAGCUCAAGAAAACGUUUAACAAUAAGUAUAUACGUUUUAUGCUUUUUAUCUGUAUAUUGCACCCCCCACUUUGUUAUAUUGUUAUAUCACUAUUUGGUAGUGUCUUUGAGUGAUUUGUAGACACUGGGGGUAGUUGCUGUUCUGUGUUUUAGCGCCAAUCCACCUGCACUUAUGUGUGCAUACAUUUGAUACGGAAGUAUUUUUCUUGAGUCAUGGAGUGUGGUUAAAGGGACACUGUAGGCACCCAGACCACAUCAGCUCAUUGAAGUGGUCUGGGUGAAAUGUCUCAUGUCCCUUAAUGCAACAGUGGUAAUUAUUAUAAUUACCUGCUAGGGUUAACACCUUCUCUAGUGGCAUUCUACCAGACAAUCACUAGAGGGACUACCAGGUGCUUAGACGACUUUUGGUCGUCUAAAUGAUGCUGGACUUCCUCACGCUAUGCAUGAGGACUUCCGGCGUCACUGGAAUCCCCAUGAGAAAGCAUUGUGCCACACAUGCAUAUUAGGUCUCCCCCGCCGGCUGAUAGUGGAGGAGGAGCCUGACCCAGCACCGAAGGAGAUUAGCGCUGGAUUCAGGUAAGUGAAUGAAGGGGUUUCAACCCCUUCAGCAACGCGGGAGGAGGGCACUGUAGGAACCUAUAGUGCCAAAGAAAUGGCUUUGUUUUCCUGGCACUAUAGAAUCCCUUUAAAGAGGCCAGCUUAUGGUGUAAUUUUCUGCAAAAGAUUUUUUUAUUUUUGUGCAAAACCUUUAAAGAUUUGAGUAUGCUAACAAAAUACACUGUAUUAAUAAAGCCAAAACCAAUCAAAUGCAUUAAAUUUAUAUUAAUAAAUGCCCAAAAUUUGUGUGCGAGGUUGGAGAGAAGGCUCUGACCAAACCAGUACAAGAUACUUGCACCUAAAUUUACCACUAUGGAUAUUUUUGCAAUUUAUUGCUGCUAUAGUGAAUAGGUGACUUUGAGCUAAUUGCAUCAAGGUAUGCAAGGAACCUACUCCGUUCUGGUGCUUGGAAUGCUGCUUUAACCGGCUUUGUAGUGCAGGCAUACUUGACCUGUAACUCUGAGACAAUUUUGCAAUGUUUUCUGUUCUGGAAUACUUAAUUGUUGGCAAGCCUUAAAGGAACACUAAAGCAUUAGGUGUCCCCUCCCACCCCCCACUAUUUGCUGUGUAAAUAAUAAAACAAUUUUUUCCAACACUGAAGCUCCAUUAACACUGCUUAUUUCUUCGCUCCUGCAACAUCACAGAGGAAUGGCCUCCUCUGCAAAUGUGCAUCCAAGUUUGCAUUAAAUCAAUGUUUUCCUAUGGGGUCUUCCGUGUCACAUGAACAAGUUUUACUUGGUCAGUGCUAUGGAAGAGCCUUUAGAUGCUGUCAAUAUGAUAGCUGAUCGAGGAGUAUUUAAUUCUGCAGUGCAAACAUUGCAGUUUCCUAAAGAGACCCCAUAGUCACCAAAACCAUUACAGCUUAAUGUAUUUAUUGUGGUGUCUAUAGUGUAUCCCUGCAGGCUUAGCACUGUAAACACUGCCUUUUUAUAGAAAAGGCAGGGUUUAUGUGGCUGUCUCUCAGCCUGUAGAAGUACUUCCUGGGUUUGGUCCUGCAAUGUUUGCAGGACGUACUUUCAGAUUUACACUCCCCCACAAAGAUGCUAAAGUUGCAUUCAUAUGCAGUAGUCUCCCAACACCUGAAUAGCUAGCAGGUCACCAGGACGUCAGAGAUGCAUGUUUGUAUUCCUAAAGCUAUAGUGUUCCUUUAAAAACUGUAAAAAAUGUUUUACAUUGCAGAUGGUCCAGUAACUGCCUGUGUUUUUAGUCCAUUUUGAAUUAAAGAGAAAAAUAACCUAUUUCUUUAUAGUAUAAAUAGGAUUGAGUGGCGUGUUGUUUUCAGAUCAGAGAAAGUAUGAUGGUGAGCACAAUAUUACCCUCUGAAGUAAUGUGGGUGAGGACACUGUUUAAUCAAAAUUAAAUUUAAAAAGUAUUAUUUUUGUGAAAUCUAUUUUAAGAGUGCUACUACUUUGACUGGAUUUAGAUUAAUAAUAAUCACAUAGUAGAUCAACAUAAAGCAAAAGCAUGUUUAAGCUCACAAACCUUACAUUGCUACUGUAAUCAUAACUGACUUAAACAUUUCUAGUUGACAGAUAUCUGUUCUUGUUUUUUCUUUAUUCGGUUUUCUUUACAGCUUAGUGAUAUAUACAGAGUUUUUGACUGCAGAGAUGUUUAAUGAUCUGGACUAUGAACUAGAGGAAGACAAACUGUAAGUAUCUCGAAAAUGUAACACUUGUCACUGAAAAUGCUUUUGUCCUAAAUGAAGUACAUAGAAGCAAGGCUUGAUCAGUUAUGUGCUGUUUGAAUCAGUAGAUUGAAAUGUCAUUGUCCAUUCUAACUUUAUAGUUAUACAAGUAGAUUUGUUAUUAUAAACUGCAUUGCAAGGCGAUGUGUACGUUUAUCCUUUUGUGUGCAGAAUUGAUCCUCUGUCAUCCAUUGCAGUGAUGUCUGCAGACACCAGGAAAUAUGGGUUUUAUCUGCUAGUCAAUGUUAGAAGCCACAUUACCUGCAAAAAAAAAUUUAAAGUGUUUUUUAUUGUUGUUUGAUGAUUUCCUGCAUCUAGGGUACCAGGAGGUUUUUUUUUGUUUUGUUUUUUGCAUUCAAAGUAAGUUCAUAGAUGUUAAAGGCAGUAUGUUAAUAUUACUCUGUGAGCUAAAAAAAAAAAAGCAGGUGAACAUGUUUUUUCUUCCUCUCUCUUAUGCUUUUCACACCCUCUCCAGGGGUGACACUGAGCUAACUAAUCAGUGACCCAUCCCUAGGAAAGUUUAAAAAGUGCAUUUAGCAUGCCUGACAUCUUUCCACAUGUGUAAUUGGAAGAUCUUAUUACUUUGCAACUUCAUGACCGGGUGAGAAGAGAGGGAGUUUGAUCAAUGUGAUGUAUCAGAGCAGGCUCUGGUGUCUGAUUUCUAUCUUCAGUUGCUGUACAAUGAUACCCUGUUUCAGUCAUUAGUGGAGGUGAAUGUUUUAGACAUUGGGCUGGGGGGGGAGGCGGGGUGGUGGAGUGUUUGUUGCUAUAUUUUGGUUUGUUUGCUUGUUUAAGUGCAUGCUGGGUUUAAAAAAAAACUGGAAAAAGCAGUGUUUACAAUACUUCCUAGGAACACCUCUAGUAGCCACUCCUCAGACGACCACUAGAGGUGUUUCUUGGGUCAGUGCUGCACAGUGUGCAGCACUGACCUUCGGCAGCUCCACGCUCUGCAUGGAGAUGCUGAAUGCUCCUCAUAGAAAUGCAUUGAUUCCAUACAUCUCUAAAAGGUAAGGCAGAUUGGCGCUGUUCUGCAUUUUUCAUGCACAAUAGCCUCCCAGUGCUUUCCUAUUGAAAAGCAUUGGAUUGGCUGAGAUCAUCAAAUUAGAUAAUCUCCGCCAAGGAGACGAGACCAGCAAGACCUUAGUAGCAUAUGAAAAACAAAGGUGUGAGUAAAAUCACCUUUUUAUCCGGGGCAAAGGGGUCCGGACACACAAACAGUGGUUUUACAACUAUAGUAUAAGGAUACAUGUUUGUAUUCCUGACACUAUAGUGUUCUUUUAAGUGGUGCAUGUCCCUUUUAAUCCUAAAUAGUACCUGUUAAUGUUACCCGCAACUACAAACCCAACUCUAAUCUGAAAUCUAAGUAGUAUUCUUAUAGGGACACUAUAGUGUUUUCCUGGCUGAAGGAGUUAAAACCUCUUCAGCUACUCACUCUUUUACCCGCCGACGUCCGCAUCCUUGUCUGACGUCACCGGCGCCGCAUGCAUGGCAAUGCCGCGCGCGCAUUCAAAGUGUCCGUAGGAAAGCCUUUUUCAAUGCUUUCCUGUGGAUGCUCUGCGUGAUUGAGGCAUAUAAUAUGCCUCAAUCAUUGCCGAUGCGCCUCUAGUGGCUGUCCGGAAGACAGCCACUAGAGGCUGGCUUAACCCCAGAUGUAAACAUUGCAGUUUCUGCUAUGUUUACAUCAGGCAGGGUUAACCCUAGAGGGACCUGACACCAAGGCCACUUCAUUGAGCUGAAGUGGUCUGGGUGACUAUAGUGUCCGUUUAACCUUAAGCUACCUAGAAAAUCCUAAACCUAAAUUUAUCCAACUAACACCAAAUCCAAAAAUGAUCUCCAAACCCACUCUUAAAUCUUACCCGUGACUGCAAACAUAGAUACUAUCCUUAAACCUACAUUCUUUCCUUAAAAUCAACUAGAACGUUGCACUCCUAGCAAUAAAUACUCACCAUAAGCCUAACUCCAUUAAUCCUAACCAUUUUUCUACAAAGUAAAAAGAAAAACAAAUCUUCCUUUUUUUUGUGCUUAUAAUGACAGCCACGUUCCAGUUUUCCUACCUUUCUUAAAUGGAAAUGUGGCUUUUGUGAUAUGCUGCGACACUGCCCAGCAGACACCUUAACUAACAGCAGGGCUGCCACUCCAAUACUGUGUGAAAGCACAGGACAACAUGUUACAUCAUUCCAGCACUCAGAUCAGGGGAACAGGGAGCCCAGAAACUGUUUGCUUGAAAAGCUGUUUACGUCUAUGUAAGAAAUGCAUAUCAAGUGUAGAUGGCUUAUGUCAUUGCAAUAUUUCUGUUUGUUUCUUCGAUUUCCCCAGGUCUUGGAUUUGCUAAACAAGUCACUACACCUAUUCACACUUUUUUUGUUAGCUAAACACAACAGCGGAUUUCAUUUGUUUGCCCCGUGUACAUUUUAUUGAUGUAGUUUCUGCUUCUUCCAGUGGGAUCCCAACAGUUCCUGGGACAGUGACCUUGAAGAAGGACCUUCAGAAUGUUAUUGGAAUUAGCAUAGGAGGUGGUGCCCAGCACUGUCCAUGCCUUUAUAUCGUUCAGGUGUGUAGUGCUCCUUUUUUUACAUAUUUAUUUUUAGAGUUAAUGGGUUAAUUAAAUUUUAAAAUUAAUAUAUUCAACACAGUAACAAAAGGAAAGUUGUUUUGAGGAAAUUGUUAAUUAACAACUAUAACAUGAGAACAAUCAUGUAACAAUGUAACUGCUAAAAACAAAUGCAAUCUAGUAAUGCACUAUAUGAUUGCGCUUUUUAUUUAUUUAUUUUUUUAAUGGCCUACAAUAAAUUAGGCCUUCCAGAAUACUGGUGUGUAGCAGUUAACCCACUCUAGGAAAAACAUCAGAACUUUACAGUAAUAAAAAGACAAAUAACCAUGAAAAAGAGGGGAAGAACAGCACAACAUACUUUACAUCUUACAUGUAGGUUUGCCUUCGCCUGUGAUUCCAUUGAUGGAGCCCUACGUUGCUUAAUGAUGAGGGGAACCACGCUUUUAGCAGCAUUUUAUAUCUGUACUCUAAUGCUUUCUUGUAGUGGUGGGUAAGGCAAGCUGUGACAUGUAAUAACAGGGCUGCUGGGUCACUUUUUCUACAAAAAGAGAAAAUAAUUCCUUCUUUUCACCAUAAUGCCAUUUUUGUUUCCUUUGACUCUUUAAACUGUUUUUACCUCCAGACCUUUUUAAAACCUAUUUAUAUCUAUAGAAUCUGAUAAAAUGACUUCUUUCGGCAGUUGAUUCCACAUUUUUAUUCUUCUUCCUGUAAACAAACCUUUGUCUGCUGUAGGUAAAAUCUCCUCUUUUGAAGACUGAGUUUCUUUUGGUACAGUCCGUUUAAAGAAGAGGUUGCCAGAGAGCUGUUUGUACUGGCCCAGUAUUUAUUUGUAGAAUCUUAUCAUGUCUGUCCUGAAAUAGCUUUAUUCCUAAAGUAAAUAGUUUUUCUUCACAACUAAAGUCUUCCAUUUCCCUUAUUAGUUUUGUAGCCGCAUGUGCACUUAUCCUUCUUUAAAAUAGGUGCCCAAAAUUGCAUACCAUAUUUAAGAGAUAACAUCAUAUUUCCAUCCUGUAAAUUAGUAUUUUAUUUUUUUGUAACAAAUAGGUAUUUGAUAAUACCCCUGCUGCACAGGAUGGCACAAUUGCUGCAGGCGAUGAAAUCACUGGAGUGAAUGGGAGAUCUGUUAAAGGCAAGACCAAAGUGGAAGUGGCUAAGAUGAUACAGAAUGUAAAGGUGAUUUCUGCUUAAUAGUGUUGUAUUGUAUUGCUUAUAUAUCAUGGAAUUUGAGUGCUCUUUCAUAACUUUGCAUAGUUUUAUCUUGCACAAUAAAUAUACUCCAGAUAAUGUAAGUUCUAUUUUCCUUUAUAAAAAGCUCUGGAAGUCGUUGGUUUUUGUUUUUUGUUUGUAAACCCUUGUUGUAUUCAGCCUUUGAUUAUUGUUGGUAAUGAGUAACAAGUUACGAAAGGACUAGUGUAUUAUUAUUAUUAUUAUUAUUAUUAUUAUUAUUAUUAUUAUUAUUAUUAAUAUCAUUAAUAAUAAUAAUAAUAUUAUAUUUAUAGAGCGCCGUCAAAUUCCGCAGCGCUGUACAAUGGGUGGACGAACAGACAUGUAGUUGUAACCAGACAAGUUGGACACACAGGAACAAAGGGGUUUAAGGUCCUGCUCAAUGAGCUUACAUGCUAGAGGGAGUGCGGUAAAAUUACACAAAAAGGUAAGGAUAGUAUUAGACUAGUGACAGUUGCAGAAGAGGAAUCAGUCAGGAGCUAUUAACAGUUUAAUUGAUACGCUUUUAUGAAGAAGUGGGUUUUUUAACGAUUUUUUGAACGAGUGGAGACUGGGUGAGCAUCUAACGGAGGAGGGAAGCGAGUUCCACAGGAACGGUGCAGCCUUUGAGAAAUCUUGAAGGCGAGCAUCAGAGGUGGGAGUACGGACUGAAGAUAGACGUAAGUCUUCAGAUCGUAAGGGCCUAGACGGGACAUACUUGUGUAUAAGGGAGGAUAGAUAGGUGGGAGCAGCAUUAUGUAGAGAUUUGAAAGCAAGAACCAGAAUUUUAAAUUGAGCUCUAUGUUUUAUAGGAAGCCAAUGUAGGGACUGACAGAAGGGUGAGGCAUGGGAGGUGCGGGCGGACAGGAAGAUGAGCCUCGCCGCCGCAUUCAUAAUGGACUGUAACGGCGCAAGUUGGGAGCACGUAAGACCACUGAGAAGCGGAUCACAGUAGCGAGAAAGGACAGUGGAAUGAACCAACACCUUAGUUGCAUCUGGCGUUAAGUAGGGGCGGAUGCGCGGAAUGUUUUUGAGAUGAAAAUGACAGGAUUUGGCGAUAGAUUGAACAUGAGGCUUGAAGGAGAGGUCUGAGUCAAAGAGAACACCUAGGCAGCGAGCCUGCGUGGUGGAGCUGAUGGUAGCACCGUUGACUUGGAGGGAGACAGACACAGGAGUAACAACACUUGAGGGAGGAAAGACCAGAAUUUCAGUUUUGGUCAAGUUUAGUUUAAGGAAGUGGGCAGCCAUCCAGUUAGAAACAGCAGAGAGGCAGUCAGAGACACUAGUCAAGAGGGACGGGGAGAGAUCAGGAGAGGACAGGUAGAUUUGCGUGUCAUCUGCAUAGAAAUUAUAUUGGAAGCUAAAGGAGCUAAUGAAUUUACCAAGGGAGGCAGUAUAAAUGGAGAACAGUAGGGGACCAAGGACUGAACCUUGGAGAACCAGAGCGCUGGGAGAGGUAGGAGGAGCACCAGGAGAGAGCAAUAUCUUGUAGACCGAUAUUGCGGAGGAUGAGCAGAAGCUGUUGAUGAUCAACAGUGUCAAAAGCCGCAGACAGGUUAAGGAGAAUUAAGAUAGUAUAGUGACCACGAGAUUUUGCAGCGAGUAGAUCAUUGGAUACUUUGGUCAGUGCCGUUUCCACAGAGUGCUUAGCGCGGAAACCAGACUGAAGCGGGUCUAGCAGAGAGUUGGACUCGAGGAAGCCUGUCAAUCUCGCAUACACAAUUUUUUUUCAAGGAUCUUGGAUGCAAAAGGCAGUAGCAAGAAAGGACGAUAGUUGGGUGGGGAGUUAGGGUCAAGAUUGGGCUUCUUUAGAAUUGGGGUUACAGUUGCAUGUUUGAAGAGCAAUGGAAAUAUACGAGAGGAGAGAGAGAGAUUGAGAAUUUUAGUGAGAGGUGGAGAAAGAGAAGAAGACAGAGUACAGAUGAGAUGUGAGGGAAUUGGAUCUAGGGAGCAGGUGGUGGGGCGGGAGGACUAGAGCAGAGCAGAAACCUCUUCCAAUGUAGCGAGUGCGAAUGAACAUAGAACAGCAGAGGGAGUGAUGUAAGGGGAAGAAGAAAGAUGAGAGAUCUCUUCUCUGAUUGUAGAGAUCUUGGCAGUGAAGUGAGUUGCAAAGUCUGAGGCAGUCAAGUUAGUUGGUGGAGGAGGAACAGCAGGGUGAAGAAGAGAGUUAAAUGUGUGAAAUAGUCGUUUGGGUUCGCAGGAGAGUGUGGUUAUGAGGGUAUUGAAGUAAUUAACUUUUGUAGAUGAAAGAGCCAAGCUGUAUGAGCUCAGCAUAAAUUUAUAGUGGAGAAAGUCAGAUGCACAGUGAGACUUUCUCCAACAGCGUUCAGCAGUUCUGGAGCAUUUUUGGAGGUAUCAAGUGAGCUUGGUGUGCCAGGGUUGUUGUUGGGGGGGCCUGCGGUGUUUAAAUGUACAAGGUGCCAUGAUGUCUAGUUGAGAGGAGGUUGCAGAACUAGGACAGGUGAGGUUUGAGAUAGGUAGAAGGAGAGUUUGGAGAUUAGUGGAGAAAUGCUCUAGGUGAAGACACUGGAGGUUUCUGUGAGCUUGAUGUUCAGACAGUAGUGUCAAUUGGGUCUUGGGUAGGCCGAUGUCAAAAGUCAGCAGAUGGUGGUCAGAUAGAGGAAAAGGAAUAUUGGAGAGAUUAGAGGCAGUACAGAGGUUGGUGAAGGCAAGAUCAAGAGUGUUUCCCGCUGUAUGGGUUGCUAGAUUGGACCAUUGCGUAAGGCCAAAGGAGGAGGUUACAGAGAGCAGACGAGAGGCAUCAGUGCAAUUGGGGUUAUUGAUUGGGAUAUUGAAAUCCCCAAGUAUAAGGGAAGGAGUGCUAGAUGAGAGGAAGUGGGGAAGCCAGGAAGAAAAGUGCUCAAUGAAUAGUCUAGGAUAACCAGGGGGGGGCGGUAGAUGAUAGCAAUUCUUAAAGGAGUGGGUUUAAAUAGGCAGACAAGAAAGAAGAGAUGAGAGUGCGCCUAAAAUAUAUGGUAAAACAUAUACACAAUAUAUAAUAAAAUAAGCAAAUAUAAAAUGAUGAUAAUCAAUAUAAAAUGGUAAUAAAACAAUAGUCCAAACACUUAUCAAGAGUCCGUAAUGGUAAGAUAUAUUGGGAAAACGGGAAAUCCUGAGACGUCAAAAUGGAGUGGAAUCUUCACAGUGAUGUACUCGAAUCCAAUAAGGAAUAUAUGGAAGGGAAACAGAAACAGGAACUCCAAUGGUACAGUAUGUCAGCGAAGAUAAAAUUCUAAAUUAAUAAAAUAGCCGUACUCACACUCUCCAGAGCUAGAUCCCAGCUCUGGUAUUCAGCGCGUGAAGUGGAACAAUCCCCACUCAAGGAUAUGUAAAGUGGUGUUUGAUUGGAGAGUUUCUGGCCCAGAUUCCAUGUUCGAAUAAAUGUUAUUCAACCCAAAAUGAUAGAAAAAAAAUAUAGUGCUCUCUGUAUACAAUAAAGCAAAGGAAUGUAAAGUAAGUUACUUACAUUCUAUAGAGCAGAUCUAUACUGCUCGGUAUAAACGCCUAGGUGGUAUAAUCCCCACCUAUGGAUUCUUUGAGUUCCUUGUGGAUGUAGAUCAGGUGCACAGAUAAAAUAAAAUAAUAAAUAGACGGUAUAAAAAGAAUAUAAGAAAAAAUGGCUAUAAAAUGUUCUAUGCCAAAUUAAAUUCUUUAUUAUAAAGUAAUUAAAAUAAUAUCUAUACGCGUUUCGCCUCAAAAGGCUUCAUCAAGUAGAUAAUAUCUAUACGCGUUUCGCCUCAAAAGGCUUCAUCAAGUAGAUAAUAAAAGGGGCCCUUUUAUUAUCUACUUGAUGAAGCCUUUUGAGGCGAAACGCGUAUAGAUAUUAUUUUAAUUACUUUAUAAUAAAGAAUUUAAUUUGGCAUAGAACAUUUUAUAGCCAUUUUUUCUUAUAUUCUUUUUAUACCGUCUAUUUAUUAUUUUAUUUUAUCUGUGCACCUGAUCUACAUCCACAAGGAACUCAAAGAAUCCAUAGGUGGGGAUUAUACCACCUAGGCGUUUAUACCGAGCAGUAUAGAUCUGCUCUAUAGAAUGUAAGUAACUUACUUUACAUUCCUUUGCUUUAUUGUAUACAGAGAGCACUAUAUUUUUUUUCUAUCAUUUUGGGUUGAAUAACAUUUAUUCGAACAUGGAAUCUGGGCCAGAAACUCUCCAAUCAAACACCACUUUACAUAUCCUUGAGUGGGGAUUGUUCCACUUCACGCGCUGAAUACCAGAGCUGGGAUCUAGCUCUGGAGAGUGUGAGUACGGCUAUUUUAUUAAUUUAGAAUUUUAUCUUCGCUGACAUACUGUACCAUUGGAGUUCCUGUUUCUGUUUCCCUUCCAUAUAUUCCUUAUUGGAUUUGAGUACAUCACUGUGAAGAUUCCACUCCAUUUUGACGUCUCAGGAUUUCCCGUUUUCCCAAUAUAUCUUACCAUUACGGACUCUUGAUAAGUGUUUGGACUAUUGUUUUAUUACCAUUUUAUAUUAUCAUCAUUUUAUAUUUGCUUCUUUUAUUAUAUAUUGUGUAUAUGUUUUACCAUAUAUUUUAGGCGCACUCUCAUCUCUUCUUUCUUAUCCAUUUUACCUUUAUGUUUAGGGGAUUAUAGGGGAUUCCCCUCUUAGAGGUGCUGCCUUUUUUAUUUAUUUGUGUGGCAGUAGUGCGCUGAUUUUUUCUUUUUUUUUAAAUAGGCGGACAGUGUGAACUUCAAAAGAAGAAAAGGAUAGGGCAGGGGGAGUUAUGAUUGGUUGAAAGGUACAUUGAGGGGAGAGAAGGAUGCCUACGCCGCCUCCUUUACAGUUGAGUCUGGGAGUGUGAGAGAAUUGUAGCCCACCAAAACAUAAAGAGGCAGGAGUAGCGCUAUCAAAGGGGGACAGCCAAGUGCAAGCAGUGUGAGUGAGUUUGAGAUAAAAAAAAAGUCGUGUAUGGUUGUUGAUUUUAAAUUACUGCAGAUGGAGCGGGCAUUCCAGAGUGCACAAUUAAUUUUGGUAAGUGAAGGUAAAGGGCAGGGUAUUGUGAUGAGGUUUGUGGGGUUUCUGGUUGUCUUAGUGUGUGUAGAGAAGGUGAAGGGCCCUGGAUUGGGAAAGACAUCACCAGCUGCUAGAAGUAGGAGGAGAGAAAGUGACAGGAGGUGUGAAUGGGUUUUGUAUGCAUGGGGUCUAGGAUGAGAUCGAUUGUGGGUUGGAGUGAGAGAGUAGAAAAAUGAGUGUAAGGCAUGAGAUGAGAGAAGGGGGGAGUGUAGCAGAGAAGGGCAUAUGUGGAUGGGGGAAUGAAUGAAGUGGGUGUAAGGAGAUAUUUUUAUACUGAGGGAGACUAGGAAAUAAAGAGGAGGAGAAAACAGAUCAUUGCUAAACUGUGAAAAAUAAAAAUUGGAGAUAAUUGGCAUAUCAAGAGCAGGUGAAGGUGUUUUAUGGGAAAGUGCAGGAGUGUACUAAUAAGAGGCAUGUUUUUUUGUUGUUGUUUUUUUAAACCUAACUAAAAUGUAGGUGUGACAGACAAUCUAUAAAUGUAAUAAUGGCAAUGGGGUGGGAUGGGUGGGCAUCAGACUUGCUCCCUGAAGGAAUAGGCUUGCAAAGUUGGGGAAUCAGGCUAUUGAAUAAAGAGAUGUGAGGGUCAAAGAGCUUGCAAUAAAGGUAAGGGAGGGGGAAAUGUAUCUAGGUACAGAGAUGAAGAGAUGGAUAUUCAAAUAAAAACAAACAUAUCAAUAAGAGAAGGGAGGGGUCAGAGGUCAGUCACAAAUCAGAGGGGAAAUAGAGGAAUGCAAAGAGUGUACAAAGAAUUGACAAGGUGAACUAGGUUCAGGCCUCAUCAGACUAGCAAACACAAAAUGUUUUGGUAAUCAAGAUCAAGAAUAAAAACAAGUAUAUAUUAAUUUCCUAGUUCUGUGUUAAAAUGUGCAUGCCCCAUUGGGUAAAAAAAAAAAUGUAUGAUUUAAGUUUUAAUAAAUACAAAUGUUAACUUACAAACUCGCUUUGAGGAAUAACCUCUAUCUGCAAAUGUAAAGUUAUUACCAAGUUCUCUAUGCCCUUGCCUUCCGGUGUGGAUGUAAAUUUUGAUAAUUUUAAAAUGUUCAAAAUAAAUGUCUAGUUGUUGCAAAAUGUUCUGCACAGAUGAGGUCAAUGUGAUUAUAACAAGAUUUUAUGACUGACAUGUUUUGUUUCUCAAAUAGACUUUUUCAAAGGCUGUUCUGAGCCUAGUACUUGACACAAAUUUAAAUACUGCUAGUUUUAAAUUCCUUGUCAGAGGAAGUGCUUCUAGUAUUUUGAUGCACCAAGUGAUUGGUUAGUUAAUAAAAUGUCAUAUUAAAAUCUCUAUUUUUAUAAUAAUUUUAAAACCUGUUGAUUAAUUUAGCACAUCAAAAAGAUUGCAAAACGGCUUCUUGGUAUCCUGUUUACAUGCUAUAUAAAAAAAAAAAAAAAAAACUAAGCCCAAAAUUAUAAUCCUAUCGUAUUGGUGGACAUAGUUUUCAGUGUUUGUACAAAAGUUCUUCCUGCGUGUCCUAUAUCAACUGGACAUUACCGUAUAUGCAAAAUAUUAACAUGGGGGCAGAGCUUGCUACUGAACGAGAGCAGACGCAUCUUCUUGUAUUCAUUGAACUUUAAUCACACACAAAAGGCUGUUGCAUGCACUAGCAGGCUAUUAGCAGAGGAGAUAAGAAAUUCUAAAUUAAACACAGUGUGCAUUAGGGGACGCUAAAACAAUUAUUUUGUUUAAGGAAAUGUGUAGUGAGCCUGUGAGAGUCUCCGCUAAGGCUGCAUAAACAAAGUAAUUUAACUCCUAUAUAGCAGAGACUUGAGCUGCAACGGUCAGGCUUUAUUUGGUACUUUGAGAAAAAAAUAAAAUAGUACUUGAAGGAGACUUAAAAAAUAUUUAGCAGCCCUAAUACAUGGGUUGAUAUACUCUAGUGUCACAGCUUUUGACCAGUGUGAUUGAAUGGAUUGUCCAAGCUGAAGUUAAUGUAGCAAUGUGAAUUAUUGUUAACUAUAUUUUAAUUCUGUUAGGGAGAAGUGACCAUUCAUUAUAAUAAAUUGCAAGCAGAUCCGAAGCAGGGGAAGUCAUUGGAUAUUGGUAAGACACUCUUUGUUUAGUCUGCAACACAGCUUCUGAUGUACUUUAUAACCUUUUGCUAACAUUAUCUAGAUCAUUGACAGUCUAUCUUAACUGCUUUAUGUUUUUGCACAGUUUUAAAGAAAGUGAAGCACAGACUGGUGGAAAACAUGAGCUCAGGCACUGCAGACGCUCUUGGCUUAAGCAGAGCCAUCUUGUGUAAUGGUAAGUUAACCAGAUGGUGGUCUUUAAUUUAUAAAUCUACUGAAAAUUGUAAAAAAAAAAAAAAAAAGCAAAAAUUUGUAAAAUAAAAGAUGCCUCUAAAAUGCAUUUAGAAAAUAAACCUUAUCCUAAAGUUAAAAAAAAAUUUUUAAAAAAAUUAAGUGGGGCAGAGCGAGCACUGAGCUCCAGGAGAAAUUCAGCUAAAAACGCUCAAAACAGGCGGAUUAGGGAGCCCUAAUUGCCUCCUAUACUGGUCCGAACACAAUGGGACGCAAAUCCAAACGACUCCGCAGUGAGACAACGCUGACUUCCCAAAAUAUUGGCGAUUUGUUCAGAGCAACACCGCGGCCUACCAAGAUGGCGCCCACGUGGGAAGCUUCUGACUACUCCUCGGAUGAUAGUGCGGGUUAGGCCGCCGAAGCAACAGCAAAGCUCAAAGCCCAAUCUGCAGCUGACGUGGCCUUAAUCAGGGAAGAUUUGGGCGCCAUGACAGCCCGUGGAGAUAAAUGAAGUGGCUUCACCACGACAGGUGGUGGAGAUAAAUGAAGUGGCUUCACCUGACAAAAUUGAAGCCCUGCUGAGAGAAAUUACCUGACUGAAACAGACUAGCACUACACUGGAAAAUAAAGUUGUGGCACUGGAACAUUCUAGACGCCAACUAAACCUCAGGAUUAGAGGAAUACCAGAGGAAGUGCAAGACACCUACGCAGAUUACUGGCCUCCCUUCUAUUAUCAGCUAAAGCAUAGUCUGUUUUACUUGAGUUUCAUUUCUGUAUACCUAAACCUGAAAGAGCCCCAGCAGAAGUCCCAUGGGACUUACUUAUCCGCUUUCAAUCGCUCCAUGAAGGAAGUCACUCAGCCCCUGAGAACAAAGGGGAUACAGUACCGCUGUCAAGAAGGCAAAAGAGUGCACAUCACACAAACCAGUGACUCUGUGAAGUUUCUUCAGGCCUUGGGCAAAUCUCAGUGCUGCAGAGGUAUUGCUUGUAGUUGCCUCCUGACACCAGCGACUACCUCCAGGCUUUGGGACGUUAAGAAAAUCCAACCAUUCUUCCCAAGAACGAGCCGUGCUACAGGCACACCUAAGCGGACAACCUGAACUCGCAUUAUAAAUAGGAAUGCAUGUUAGAGGCUUAUGUCCCUUACGCCAUUGUUUUACUAUUGUUUUAAGUUAUUGCUUUGUUUUGAUCUCAUUUAUACCAUUACUUUAAAGCGGGCCCAUCAACCAACAUGCUACUUGCAUAUCUCAUAGAAAUGUAUCUCCCAAUUCGCUCAUACCCCCCAAAGGAAGCUACUCCCAAUAAGCAAACAAAUUAUUAUUAUUUUUUUACCUAUUACCACUAUGCAAACGAACGCUAGUAAUUACUUCUAUAACUAUUUGUAUACCGCAGAAUAUAUGCUCUAUACCUGCAGUAUUGUACGCAACUGUUUUAAAUGUAGCCAAAUGAAGCGAGAUGGCAAAUGUACACAUUGCUAUGCUACAAUAAAAAAUUAUAAACUAAAAAAAUUACAAAAAAAGCUUUGAUAUAACAGCCAGAUGUUGGAGUUGGAAAAAAAAAAAGAAAGAGAAAAGUAAGUAAAUAAAAAAAAAAAAAAAAAAAAUUGUCUUAGGUUCCACGGACUAAACAAGUGACUACAUAACACCAUCAGUAAACACAAGAAUCUCAGACAGAAAAAUAAAAAGCCUAUAAGAGUAAAAAAUACAAAGUAUGGGGAAUAAGAAAGGAAUGUCCAAAACGAUCCUCAGUUAGUGUGCUCCCAUACCAGCAUCGUAUGUUUCUGUUUGAAAGUGCUCAAAUUCCCACCGAAAUUGGAUGUAAGUGAUUUCCAGCCCGCCCCUUAUACAUUGUGGAAGGAAAUUUGCUUUCCAUAAUGUACAAGGGGUGGCCUAGAACCUUCUUAAAUUUAAUAUUGGUGGAUAUAUUUAGUUUUCUAUUACAUACGUAUAGUCACUGGGAUUUCCCAUUGGUAGCCCAAAACAGAGUGGCAAAGAAAUUGAAAUUAGAAGACCAAUCAGUGAACUUCUAGGGACAUUUCACUUUUACUUGGCAAUGUUCCCAUUACAAGCUAGUCCCUCACAAUGGAGCCUGAUGGAGAUGGGAAUGUAUCCUGAACCACAGUCAGCGGAAACCUAAGAGAGGAGCCAUAAGUGACUGUAAAAAAAGUGUAUUGCACUUUUAGAAUAGUUUUAUUAUUUGAAUAAGUAUGCAUAUGUACUGCAUGUUCUUAAUUACUUUUAUAUAGUAGUCUAGGUUGAAAAUAAGACUAAAGUCCCAUCAAGUUCAAACCUGAAGCCCAUUCUUUUAUGCUGUUGAUUCAAAAGAAGACAAAAAACCCAAUUCUAGCCAUUUCCAAUUAUGCCACAAAUAGAAAAAGAAUCCUUGUUGACUCCAUAAUGGCAGAUUUCUUAUUGCAUCAGCAACCUGUUUACAUACAUAUCGAUUAUAUCCUUGAAUAUUCUGUUUAUGCAAAAAACAAACCCAAGUUUUUUUUUUAAAUCUAUAGAAUCUGAUAAGGCAACCUUCUUUAGACAGAGAAUGCCACAUCUUUAUUGUUCUUACUGUAAAGAACCUUUUCUUCUGUAUGAAUGAUUGGGAUUUUACUCUUUCCAGACAAAGGAGAAAGUCAAAUUCAAGUCACUGGAAUUAGGUGUUGUAUUAUAUAUGCAUAACAAUUUUUAAUAUCGUCAUCAUUAUCUUUCCUGGUAAAAUAUUUUAUAAAUAAAUACAUUAUGAAAUGUAUAUAUUUUUUUCUACAGAUGGUUUGGUAAAAAAGCUUGAAGAAUUGGAGAAAACAUCUGAAUUCUAUAGAGGUAAACCUAAAAUCUCCCAUUAAUAAAGCGCACCCUAUUUUAUUAUAUGGCUUUACACCAGAUGCAGCCUUCCCCCCCCCAAAUCCCUUCGACACAAAAACAACAAAAUUACCCUACAAACACCCACCCUAUCCCAACCCUGUUCCUCUUCUGUCCCAAAAAGACAAGACACCAGCAAAUAUAGAAAAGUAUCUGUAUAUUCACUUCCUGUACGCUAAACAAACACAUGGCAUGUUACCCUCUACUCAUGGGCUGCACUGGAGGUGCAUCGAACUGGCAUGCUAACUUUGGGGUGCAUGUGUGUAAGUGAUCAAACAACACACACCCUCUUACAGGGCUGCUCUUAAAAUGCCUAGGACAAUUUUUGUCCCAGGCCUGAUUCUAAACAGAAAUUGGUAGUGGGCAACUAGUUGAAGAGCAUCAUAAAA